GUAUUUUUAGUAUGUGGUAUGCUACCUCUCUUCACUUUCUCUCUCUAUUCUACCCAUCAUUUCCCAAUAUUUCUUUAUCCAAUACUAUACUCUCUUGGAAUAGAAUGGCACCUUUCUUUUAGACCAGUGGCAGUGAUUGGGUUGAAUUAAAUGCCCGUCAAUAGCUAAACAACUUUAUGCUGUAGGGCAUCGUUGUAUUUCUGCUUUUCCAACCAAACUCAUCUGGGCACCCAGAAAUUUGCAAUCUUUCUUCUAUUUCAACCAUGUUUUGGCGCUUUUGGAAACUGGGUGUCAGCAAGUUUGGGUCUUUACGGUGAAGAAAUUGGUGGGUUGACUUUAAAUUGGGGGUCAAACAUGAAGAAAUUUAUGUUUUUGCAACUUGUCACAUGGAUUUGGAUAUGUGGUGUUGCUCACAGCAGAAGGCCUGGCAGUGUGAACAUUGGUGCGGUUUUUGCUUUCGACACUGUCAUAGGUAGAGCUGCGAAGACGGCUAUGGAAAUGGCCAUUUCUGAUGUCAAUGAGGACCCCACAGUUCUCAAGGGAACCAAACUCAACUUGAUUAUGAAGGAUGCCAUGUGCAAUGCCUUUCUGGGAUCAAUUGGAGCUUUUCAGGUACUUGAGAAAGGGGUUGCAGCCAUAAUUGGUCCACAGUCAUCUGCCGUAGCUCACACGGUUUCUCAAAUUGCUGAUGCUCUCCAAGUUCCUCUUGUUUCAUAUGCUGCCACCGAUCCAACCCUGUCCUCCCUCCAGUUUCCAUUCUUCAUUCGAACUACACAAAGUGACUUGGCACAAAUGACUGCAAUGGCUGAUCUAAUUGACUUUCAUGGAUGGAAAGAGGUCAUUGUUGUAUUCUUGGAUGAUGAUUAUGGAAGAAAUGGAGUAUCUGCUUUGAGAGAUGAGCUUGAAAAAAGGAGAUUGAGAAUUUCUUAUAAAUUGCCUUUAAGUAUUAAGUUUGAUUUGGAUGAAUUCACUAACUUGCUCAAUCAAUCCAAAGUGUUUGGUCCUCGUGUGUAUGUUGUUCAUGUCAACCCUGAUCCGAGAUUGAGAAUUUUUUCCAUUGCCCAUAAUCUUCAAAUGAUGGCCAAGGAUUAUGUCUGGCUUGUCACGGAUUGGCUCUCAGCUACACUAGAUUCAUUAUCUCCUGUGAAUCAGACCUCUUUCAGUGUUCUCCAUGGGGUUGUUGGUCUUCGUCAACACAUUCCAGAUUCCAGCAAAAAGAAAGCUUUUGUUUCUCGAUGGAUAGAAAUGCAAAAAGAAGGAUUAGCAAAUACUAGUUUGAACUCUUAUGGAAUUUAUGCUUAUGACACAGUUUGGGCAGUUGCACGUGCAAUUGAUAUAUUCAUCAAAGUACACAAUACUAUUACCUUCUCGUUUCCUGAUAACUAUAACUUAUCUCAUAUGGUAGGAAUUGGUAUUCAGCUUGACAAGCUCAAAAUCUUUGCUGGUGGAUCUGAUCUUGUCGACAUAUUAUUACAAUCAAAUUUUACUGGUGUGAGUGGCCAACUUCAUUUUAAUUCUGACAGAAGUAUUGUAAGUGGUGGUUAUGAUAUUAUAAAUGUCAAUCAGAUGGGAAUUAAAGGUGUUGGUUUUUGGUCUAAUAAUUCAGGAUUUUCAGUUGUACCCCAUACAGCUCUUAAAAAACGGAAAUAUAACAGGUUUUCCCAAGAUCAGAAGCUUGGAAAUAUUACUUGGCCCGGUGGAAUUACCGAUCGACCUCGUGGCUGGGUGAUUGCUGAUAAUACCAAGCCACUGAGAAUUGGAGUGCCAAAAAGAGCAAGUUUUGUUGAAUUCGUAACUGAACUGCCAGAUAGUCAUCAAAUUCAGGGGUACUGCAUCGAUGUCUUCAAGAAAGCCCUAGAAUUUAUCCCAUAUGAAGUUCCUUUUGUAUUCAAGCCUUUUGGGAACGGUAAAGCAAAUCCCAAUUAUGAUGCACUUGUGAAAAUGGUUGAUGAAAAUGUAUAUGAUGCAGUUGUUGGAGACAUUGCAAUUGUGACAAAUCGUACAAUGAUUGUGGAUUUUUCUCAGCCUUUUGCAUCCUCUAGCCUUGUCAUAGUGGCUCCUAUCAACAAAGCAAGAUCAAAUGCUUGGGUGUUCCUCCAACCAUUUACGGCAGAUAUGUGGUGUGCCACUGCUGCAUCAUUUUUGGUGGUUGGAGUUGUUAUAUGGAUUCUUGAGCACCGAGUCAAUAAUGACUUCCGUGGUCCUCCUAAGAAGCAAAUUGUGACAAUGUUAAUGUUCAGCCUCUCAACAUUGUUUAAGAAAAAUCAGGAAGACACCGUAAGCUCACUUUCUAAAAUGGUGAUGAUAGUCUGGCUUUUUCUAUUGAUGGUGAUCACGGCUAGCUAUACAGCGAGCUUGACUUCAAUUCUUACAGUGGAGCAGCUUUCAUCGCCCAUCACUGGAAUUGAUAGCUUGAUUGCAAGUAACUGGCCUAUCGGAUACCAAGUAGGAUCAUUUGCUUACAACUAUCUGACAGAUAAUCUUUAUGUAUCAAAAUCAAGACUUAUUCCCCUAGGCUCCCCCGAGGAAUAUGCUACAGCACUUCAGAAGGGGCCAUCUGGUGGAGGGGUGGCAGCUAUCAUUGAUGAGCUUCCAUAUGUUGAGUUAUUUCUGUCAAAUGAAACUGAUUUUGGUAUUAUUGGACAGCCAUUCGCCAGAAGCAGUUGGGGAUUUGCUUUUCAGAGAGAGUCUCCUCUUGCCUAUGACAUGUCUACAGCAAUUUUGAAACUCUCUGAGAAUGGAGAUCUCCGUAAGAUACAUGAGAAGUGGUUCUGUAAAAUGGGUUGUGCUGAAGAUAGGACAAGCAACUCCAAGCCUGACCAGCUUCACUUGAUUAGCUUUUGGGGUCUGUAUCUCUCAUGCGGUAUUGUCUUGCUUGUUGCACUUGCACUGUUUCUGCUGCUAAUGAUUCGCCAAUAUGCCCGCUUCAAACAAAGACAAAAAGAUGUUGCUUCUUCAUCCACAGAACCAUCGGGCAUUCAUUGUUCCCAGGUUGUUGUUAACUUCUUUAACUUCAUUGAUGAGAAGGAAGAGGCCAUCAAGAAAAUGUUCACUCAAUGUGACAAUCAUCACAACCCCAACUGAGAUAAUUAUUAUGGUUGUGUUGCAAGAGGGCUCAAAGUGGUAGAUUUCAGUAAACUGCUGUCAUUUGGGCAGUUUGCUUAAGAUGUUUAUAUGAUACCUGAUAGCAAUAUAUCUUUGUAGAGUGACAAUAAUGAUAGUCUUGUACAUUAUUUGUAGUACUAGUUUUUUUCUUCUAUCAUAAGUCUUUAUUUUAUAGUCAAAUGGACAUCAUGAUGCUUAAGAUGGUUUACUCAUAUCAAUUGUAAUGUGUUGUGAAAUUUGAGUGCUAAUGAUCUGUACACCUGACAUGACUAAAAGUUUUGGCAGCUGUUAUCCCAUUACUUGUUAUUAAUUCGAUUAAUCAAAUAUUAAUGAUUU